CCAGCGUGAAUGGUAAACUCAUCGAGACGUCCGAACCGUAGCCCACACGCUCAGGCAACACGUGGCAGUAUCUCAGUACCUUGACCCUGUCCGGGGCAGCUACUAGCAUAAAAUCAUUUCUCAGCAAAUUCACUUAGCAUUAAAAAGAUGUGAACCAGCCAAAGGCGAUGACGCAUAACGUUAAACACGUGGUCUGGUUACCUGUUUUUGACUAGCUAAAUGCUUAGAGCUUAACAUUUUUUAUCGAGCUGGGCAGCCUCGUGAAAUUGGACCAAAACGCACGUUCCGACUCCCGGCACUCCGUUUCGAGACUGUGGACGUGACGGUGGAAGGUGCGGCUGACUGCUUGGUAAAAAUGGGGUACUUUACCGUAAGCAACCUUUUCAUUCUGAUUCUGGUUGGGAUGGCAAACGGCAACACUUGCAAUGGACCAAAUGGAAAGCCACUUUGCCUGGAGCCGCAAUGCAUCCGGACUACCGGCGACGUCUUGCGCGUCAUGGAUCUGGACGCGGACCCCUGCCAGGAUUUCUACCAGUACGCGUGCGGUAACUUCGCCGAAGUCACGAUGCGGCCGGACAGCGAGUCACGAAACACGCCUUUUAAAGUAACUCAGCGUCAAAACCGAAAAGUUGUGCAGAAGCUCCUUGAAGCGGAUGGAAACGAGUACAGAGGAGUUCGAAGUGAAGCUUUAGUCAAGGCUAAGACGUUUUUCAAGACAUGCAUGAAUCAGACGUUCGAGGUGGAGAGGGGCAUUGAUAAUUUUUUGGAACUCGUACACUCCGUGGGCUUGCUGGACGACUCCUCCGUGCCUACUCCACCUGUCAGUUACCUGGCCAAGAUCUAUCAGCUUGGUAUACAGCUGCUCUUUGCAAUGAACGUCGGACCUGACGACAAAAACUCCAGUGUGAAUGUAUUCCACUUCCAGCAGUUUGGCCUUAAUUUGUACCACCCUAGCUUCUAUGAAGGCGAUACUAGUCGGCUAGACGCCUUCACUGAACAAGGCGUAACUAUUCUGACCUUGCUUCUUGAAUCGAGCGCAGGCAUGGAGCCGGAUCAGUCAGAGGCCGAAGCAAGAUCGAGAAUGGACGGCAUUGUUGAGUUCGAGGGGGAAAUGAGCAAGAUUUACGUCCCGUCCGCCAAACUCCAAGAUAGCGAGUCAAUCUACAACAAGAUGACCUUGCAGCAGUUAGCGGACAUGAUGCCGGAUUUCGACCUGCUCGGGUACAUAACAGAGGUUUUCGGCAGAGAUUUAGGCGGCGAUCGAGAAGCGGUCGUCUAUACCCCGGCCUACUUCAGGAAGCUGAACAAUCUCAUCAGAGACACUCCAGCAAGGGUCCUGGAGGAUUACAGCUUGCUGUCCAUGACUCGGAAGUUCCUCAAGUACUUAACGAAGCCUUUCCGGGACGCCGAGUUAGAAUUCGUGAGGGUCUUGACGGGCGCCACCGAGCGGCCGACGCUGCUUGAGCAGUGCAUUCAAGAAACAGACCGCAACUUCGGCAUGGUGACAGGAGCCCUGUUCGUGGAGCAGAAAUCCUCCGAAGAGGCAAAGCGUAAGACAGAGGAAAUUCUGCAGUACAUCAGAGACACUUUCGUGGAAAAUCUCCCACAAGUCAGUUGGAUGGAUAGCAAGGCUAAGUCCCUGUCAAAAGAAAAGGUCCAAGCCAUGACGACCAAGAUUGGUUUCCCAGACUUUAUCCUGGAUCCAGCUCUCUUGGAUGCACUAUAUGAAGGGUUUGACGUUGUCAGUGACAGUGCGCUCCAGAAUCAUGUCAACUACAAGACCUAUUUGUACAAGAAUUCCUUAAAGAUUGUCGACGCUCCAGUGGACAAGACCAAGUGGGACCUCAGUCCGGGCAAAGUGGCAGCAACGUACGAUCAUUCUCGCAACGAAUUGGCGUUUCCUUCGGGCAUUCUGCAACCGCCGUUCUUCAGCACUGACCUGCCGACAUCCAUGGUUUUCGGAGCGAUAGGCACCAUCAUGGCGCACGAGUUAACCCAUGGCUUCGACACCCAGGGGCGACUGUACGACAAAUAUGGGCGUCUGAGGAGCUGGCUCUGGGGCAAGGCGGCAUACAAUGAGAAAACCGACUGCCUAGUCCGGCAAUACUCACAAUACCUCAUAGGUGGUCAGAAUGUGGACGGCACGAAGACGCUUGAUGAGAACAUCGCAGACAACGGCGGACUUAAGAUCGCCUUCCUGGCCUAUCAGAAAUGGCGCAGAGACAACGAGGACGGCUUUGAGUUGCCUCUGAAUCUGACGGCUAACCAAGAGUUCUUCCUCGGCUUGGGGCAGGCCUGGUGUAGCGACUACACACCGCAAUCAGCACUGAAUUUCUUGCAAACAGACACCCAUGCCCCUGAGAGAUACAGGGUCAUCGGGAUGGUGUCCAACCUGCCAGGUUUCAGCGAGGCCUUCCGGUGUGCGGCGGACACUCCCAUGAACCCGGCUGAGAAAUGUGAAGUUUGGUAGGCCUUGUCGGCGUCCUCUUGACAGCGAUAUUUUU